CUUAUGACAAGUUCUCCACCAGACUCCUCCGAGGUCACAAAAACCUCAAACCCCCCCUUUCUCCUUCAGCCAGUCACUCAUGUCACUCUUUUCUCUCCCACGAUCGCCGAUCCGCGAUCCCUCUUUCGUAACAGCUUGCACACUUGAAAGCUGUGGAAUCCGGGAUCAAACGAAGGGAUCCCUUCAUUCGUUUCUCGGGCACUCGAACUAACUCAACAGCGUUGCUGGCCCGUGCGACGCAAAGAAUGAGUGGCAAAACAGGCUAAAGAUGCCCCUACCGGCGCGGCAGAUCCUCCUCCCCAACGAACUAUUAUUGGCCGAGCCAGCCAAUAUUUAUGAAGUGGCCUUUGCUAUUCACCGUUAAAUUUUUUCGUGCCAAAACCUGCGCCCCUUGAGCGAAAAGUGGACGAAAUCGGGAAACAAAGGGAUGCCGGUAUCAUACCGGUGCUCGAGUGCUGUGCUUUCUCACAACCCGCCACACUCCCACCCUUAUCUCUCCUCACCCACCAACCCCUGCGCCCCCAGCCACGAUCCUCCCCACCCACCAUUCCACAUUCGCUUUUGCCUCCCCUCCCCCCCUAUCGCAAAAAAAAGGCACAGCUUCAUCACGGACAUCCGUUCCUGGACUCGCUUAGGGGCCUGUGCGCCCGGCGUAUGCGGGCUGUCUGAAUUACCGUGGUGCAUCAUGUCGUAUCACAUCGCUUUCCCCUUCAGCUUCCCUGACCUCUUUGUUUCUCGAGGAGAGAAGGAAACGAGAUUUGUAUCCGCACUGAGACCGUGACCAAGGAGUGAAUAGGAAGAGGAUAUUGGCAUCGUGAUACGGCGGAGCGGGGAAAAGGCCACGGGCGAUCAGCGUACUCGAGUAAUUGCGAGAAACGUUCUGAAUCCCCAGGGGUACGAGUACUGGUACAAUGGGGGUCUUGUUGCGGGAUUUCACGGUAUCCCCGCACAUAACCCUGCUGCUUCAUUGUACGAGUACUCGUACUUAUCCAACUCUCUCUCUCUUUUCCAUCCAUCCCACUUCUUAGUAUGGGGUACAAAACCUCUUACUCGAGUACAGCACAAAGAAAAUCCUUGUACUGUACUGUAUUGUACCUGCUGCCGGAGUUUCUGGCGCAACACAACACAGGAAGCCAAAUACGGAGCCGUCAGCGGUCAGGUGGGCCUUAGUAUCACCAUGCCCCCAAAAAUGUAGGCAGCGUACGCAGCGCUUAUGGGCAGGUUCCCAUCAACUCAGGCCCUAAGAUAGCAAGACAAGGACCACUCUUUUUCGAGGGAGUUUCUUUUUAGGCUGGUAACGGCAAAUCCCAUCAGGGGCAUUCACAUCUGUUUCCCAAGCAGAUUGCUUCUGCGAUCCUCCAGUGGAAGGCUGCCAAGGCUUCCUGCGAUACAUCGAAGGUUAAGAGAACUUUUCUGGACUUGAGCGUACCGUCCUUAUAGACGGGACAGCACGGUACGAGUACGAGUGGAAUAGCGGCAUGGAGGGGGUGCUUAAUCCGCCCCCAUCGGUGCUAUGUGCCGACACUCGAUUACAUAUGCGGUACCGCUAUCUCUGUGAAACGGGUCACGCGGGCAAGAUGGCGAGCUCUGGGUCGGGGUCUGGUUUAUUGGGUGAUAUUGGGAUAAUAAUGGUGGGUAUGGGGUGUAGGGGGCUGUUCGCUCCGGUGCUUGUUUGUACUGUACUUGUAAUGCUGUGCUGCGGUGAUGUACUGUACAGUACCGGUACUUUGAUGCUUGUGCUUGCGCUAACCCUCGUGGGUAUCUGUCUGAUUAAAAUGGUGGGGAUGAUUCGACCCCAAACUCAUAAUAAAUUUUCCAUGAGAUCCAG